AUGCCAUCUUCAAGGGUCAUCCCCACCCUCAAUCUUCCCAUCGCGACCACCACCGCUUCGGCUGCAAACCUGCCUUCUUCAGCCAGCGCAUCACACCACCACCACCAUGUAAAGGGAAGGCAGCGCUCAGCGAGCAUCGUCACCGUCGAGCCAGUAGGGGGUGACAGUCUCGAGGAGAUGCUCGAUCAGAACGCAUAUAAGAAUAUCAACUCUGAGUGGGUAAAUUACAAGGGCGCAUGGGUAAUACACCCCGUCCUCGUUAUCUGCGGGAAAAUACUCGUCGAUGUCAUCCCCGGCAUGCAUCAGGAUGCCAGCUGGACCAUCGUCAAUCUUUCCUACCUCCUCAUAUCCUACAUCAUGUUCCACUGCGUCACCGGUAUACCGUUUGACCCAGACUCACACGGAGGAGCAUACGACGAUCUCACGCUCUGGGAGCAGAUUGAUGAGGGCGCGCAGUACACCCCCUCGAAGAAAUGGCUCAUAUGCGUUCCCAUCGCUCUAUUCCUAAUAUCCACUCACUACACCCACUACAACCCCUGGCUAUUCGCGAUCAAUUUUACCGCUCUUCUGGUCGUCCUUUUCCCGAAGCUGCCACAGUUGCACCGGCAGCGUAUCCGUUUCCUUUCUCGACCAGGAUAUACCUCAGGGGCAGCGACACCCGCGACAGGGACGCCAACGCCGAUCCCGUCGCCCAGGCUCGCUCCGGCCGGCACCCCGCCAGACUUUGUGACGCUGCAGGGCAAGUUGAGAUAG